AUGGAUGGAAACGGUGAUCCAGAGCGGCAACAAGCUCUCGAACAGUUUAAGAACAAACUUCUAGAGUCUCGAGAAUGGGAGGCCAAGUUAAAAGCGCUGAGAAUGGACAUCAAGGGACUCCAAAAGGAGUUUGAAACAACAGAGGAGAACAUAAAGGCAUUACAAAGUGUUGGACAAAUCAUCGGUGAAGUCCUGAAGCAGCUUGAUGACGAGCGAUUCAUUGUCAAGGCAUCCUCAGGUCCCAGAUAUGUUGUCGGCUGCCGUUCCAAAGUCGACAAAUCCAAACUCAAACAAGGCACGCGAGUCGCGCUCGACAUGACCACCCUGACUAUCAUGAGAAUGCUCCCUCGAGAAGUCGAUCCUUUGGUCUACAACAUGUCUUUAGAAGAUCCUGGUCAAGUCUCUUUCGCUGGUAUCGGUGGUCUGAAUGAACAAAUCCGAGAAUUGCGGGAGGUGAUCGAGCUGCCGCUCAAGAAUCCUGAGUUGUUCAUCCGAGUUGGCAUCAAACCUCCCAAAGGUGUCCUGCUCUAUGGGCCUCCUGGUACUGGAAAGACCUUGUUGGCAAGGGCAGUGGCAAGCAGUCUGGACACAAAUUUCUUGAAAGUUGUGUCAUCCGCUAUUGUCGACAAAUAUAUCGGCGAGUCGGCACGACUGAUCCGCGAGAUGUUUGGCUACGCCAAAGAACACGAGCCUUGUAUCAUCUUCAUGGACGAAAUCGAUGCCAUUGGCGGGAGGCGCUUCAGUGAAGGUACAUCCGCCGACCGAGAAAUCCAGAGAACGUUGAUGGAGCUUUUGAACCAGCUCGAUGGUUUCGACUACCUCGGAAAGACCAAGAUCAUCAUGGCCACCAACAGACCUGAUACCCUAGACCCUGCUCUGUUGCGAGCAGGUCGACUGGAUCGAAAGAUUGAGAUUCCACUACCCAAUGAGGUUGGCCGCUUGGAGAUUUUGAAGAUCCACGCUGCCGGGGUGGUGACAGAAGGCAACAUCGACUUUGAAAGCGUGGUCAAGAUGAGUGACGGUCUCAACGGUGCCGACUUGCGAAACGUUGUCACCGAGGCCGGGUUGUUCGCGAUCAAGGAUUACAGAGACGCUGUCAACCAGGACGACUUCAACAAGGCGGUGAGGAAAGUGGCCGAGGCGAAGAAACUCGAGGGCAAGUUGGAGUAUCAGAAGCUGUAA